UGAGUAUCUGUUAGGUGGACUGAUUUUCCACCCCUGGACAUCAGUGGAUCAGGUGGCGCUGCCUGAAACAUUUAAAUGCUCCAAUGCUGAGGACAAAACAACUGGUCUCCAUGUGAAGCUCUCCCAUGAUGCAACAUGUGCCUCCAGCACCAGCAUUGACAAUGAUGGCCACACAGAGUGUCCCUCCUCCGUCUUAUCAAGAAAGCCAACAGAUGACAGGCACAGCGCAGCAAAACUCCAAGGCCCAGCAGGUCCACGUCACUGCAUCAUCAGCCCCCGGGGGCGCCCCGCUUAGUGUGACCCUUGACCCUCAGGCCCAGCUUGAGUCGGACAAAAGAGCGGUUUACAGGCACCCAUUGUUCCCACUGCUGGCUCUGCUGUUUGAGAAGUGUGAGCAGGCCACACAGGGCUCCGAGUGCAUCACCUCAGCCAGCUUCGAUGUCGACAUUGAAAACUUUGUGCACCAACAGGAGCAGGAGCGCAAGCCUUUCUUCAGCGAGGACCCUGAACUCGACAACCUGAUGGUGAAAGCGAUCCAGGUGUUGAGGAUCCACCUGCUGGAGCUGGAGAAGGUGAACGAGCUCUGUAAGGACUUCUGCAAUCGCUACAUCACCUGCCUCAAGACUAAAAUGCACAGUGACAAUCUGCUACGCAACGACCUGGGAGGCCCAUAUUCCCCCUCGCCCACCAGUCUUCAGCAGGAUCUGCUGCAGAAUUCGUCCCCGUCACUCUCCUCUGUGUCCAGCUCGGUUAACUCUUCAGGCAUCGGGGCCGGCUCUCUGCCUCAGAGCAAUGUCACCAUGACCUCCAUCAACUCACAGGUGGUGUCAGGUGGGACAAUGUAUCAGCCGGUUACCAUGGUGACCUCCCAAGGGCAGCUGUUAACGCAGACUUUACCACAGGGGACCAUCCAGAUCCAGAACACACAGGUAAACUUGGACCUUUCAUCCCUUUUGGACAGCGACGACAAGAAGUCGAAGAACAAAAGGGGCGUCCUUCCAAAACACGCCACCAACAUCAUGCGCUCCUGGCUGUUCCAGCACCUCAUGCAUCCAUAUCCCACAGAAGAUGAGAAAAGACAGAUUGCUACACAAACAAACCUUACCUUAUUACAAGUGAACAACUGGUUCAUAAAUGCUCGUAGGCGUAUCCUGCAGCCCAUGCUUGAUGCCAGUAAUCCUGAUCCUGCCCCUAAAACCAAGAAGAUGAAGUCACAGCACAGACCAACACAGCGUUUCUGGCCCGACUCCAUCGUGGCAGGAGUGUUGCAGGGCCAUGGACCUCUCAGUGGCACCAACUCAGAUGGCUCGCUGGGCAUGGACGGCCUACAGCCGCUCUCCUCUGACUCGGCCACGCUGGCAAUGCAGCAGGCUAUGCUGGCAGGAGCCGACGACUCCAUGGACGGAACGGAGGACGAAGACGAGGAGGAAGAAGAGGACGAAGGAAUGGAGGAGGAAGAGGAAGAAGAUGAAGAGGAAGAAACUGAUGAAGGGAGGCAUCUAUCCAGCAGGAGAGACCUGCACCUCGAUCACGAUGGGGCUCUCGAGAUGUCAAUUGCUAACACGGCUGCGCAGGCCAUCCUGUCUGAUGCCCUGCUUCGAGAUGGUGACAAAGACAGCCGUCUUCGCAACCUAGAGCUGGAGCUGCCUUUAGACAAAGUCAUCAAGUUUGUGUCAGUAGGACUUCCUGUACUGCUGGUGUCAUUAGCAUUUGCUCGGGAGGUCUCAGUUGGCCCACAGAUUAGCUGUUUUCCUCCCAGCAACUUCACAUCAAAGCAGGCUGCGUAUGUAGAUACCUACUGCUGGGACUCCCUGAUGCAUUAUGAGAUCGACACAGAUGGGAACUUUGAAGAGCGCUCACUGUGGGUACAUAAGAUGUUCCCUUACUCCCUGAUGAUCAUGGCGAUGAUGAUGUACCUUCCCGCUCUAAUCUGGCGCUUUCUGGCCAUGCCGACCCUUGGCUCGGACCUGCUCUUUAUCAUCGACGAGCUGGACAAGUCUUACAAUCGUUCGGUACGUUUGGCUCAGAGCAUCCUGGAGCUUAAACAGAACUCAGACAACCUGCAGACGUUUCAGACAGAGCUGCAAAGAGCCAAGAGGAAGCGUUACUUUGAGUACCCCCUGCUGGAGAGAUACAUGCAAUGCAAGCACAGCGCCUACUUCCUGAUCAGCAUGCUGUUCCUGCGUGGCUUCCUCCUGCUUACCUUCAUGACGGCCGCCUGUCUCUAUCUGGUCUACUUUCACCUGUCGGCUUUUUUGCAGGACGAGUUCAGCUGCUUCGUGCGCACCGGACUCCUCCGAGACCAGACCUGGGUGCCCGAGCUGGUUCAGUGCAAGAUCAGUGGCCUGCUCGUGUUCCAGGUCAUUAGCAUAGCUAACGGAGCAGUUUAUGUAUUGCUGGGUCCUAUCGUCCUCUUUAGCAUUCUGCGCCUCUUCUGCUGGGAUACCGGCUUCCUCUCACUGUACGAGGUGCUGCCUGCCCUGGGUCUUAUUAGCGGGAAGAAACUAGGCUGCCCGCUGAAUGACCUGAAUGUGCUUCUCCUCUUCCUGAGGGCUAACGUGGCCCAGUUGCAGUCCUACAGUCGACUCAGGGCCCUGUGUUCACUAGCGCCACCUGAAGUGCAGAGGGGUAAAACCAUGCUGACCGAGGAGCAGGUCGAGGAGGCUGCCGAGGCUGCUGAAGAGUUAGAGGAGGAGAUGAGGGAGGCCAGAGAGGAGGGCAAACACAACCUUGUGGACAUCAUGACUGUACUUGGGGCAACCAGGGGAAACAUCAAGAACUGCCCUGAACAGCGACCUCUGGUGGAGGAGAACAUGACAUGUGAACGUAACCACCAGGGCUACCAUGAGCUGGAGGAGACUACCUCAUGUUUUUGCUAAACCUCCACAAAUGGACUGAACCGUCGGUAUGAGGGGCUUGAAAAAGGGGAAGCAUCAACUUGAUUAAAAAACACCUUAUUUGAUACAGUAUUUUUAAAUUCAGCAAUCUGUUUCUGUGAUUUAGAAUACUUUGAAUCAUAAUGACUAAAAUACCCCAGAAAUAUCCAGUUAAGCCCUCCGAAAGCCUCCAUUAGAAUUUACUGCUUGAAUAUGUUUGAACUGAUUGUUUAUACU